AUGGACCUUGGGAAGACUGUCAAGGACGCCGUAAAGAAGCAAGGAAUGCUGGCAUGGCAAUACAACACCAUCGGGGUGUCAGACGCCAUCACAAUGGGCGGCGAAGGCAUGCGCUUCUCCCUUCAAACCCGCGAGAUCAUCGCCGACAGCGUCGAGACAGUAACCUGCGCCCAGUUUCACGACGCCUGCAUCGCGAUACCCGGCUGUGACAAGAACAUGCCUGGAGUUGUAAUGGCCAUGGCUCGGCAUAACAGACCCUCUCUGAUGAUCUAUGGCGGCACCAUACAGCCAGGGUAUUCCAAUCUCCUCCGCAAAACCGUCAACAUAAGCACAUGUUACGAAGCGCAUGGGGCGUACUUGUACAAGACCCUCGAAGCUGCGCAUGACAAGAACAUUAGCGCGGACGACAUCAUGGACGACUUAGAGCGGAAUUCCUGUCCCGGCGCCGGCGCCUGCGGCGGCAUGUUCACUGCGAACACGAUGUCGACCGCGAUCGAGGCCAUGGGGCUCACGCUACCAGGCUCAUCCAGCACGCCCGCAACCUCCCCCGCGAAAAUGCGCGAAUGCGUCAAAGCCGCCGACGCGAUCCGCAUCUGCAUGGAGAAGAACAUAAAGCCGCGCGACCUCCUCACAAAGGCCUCAUUCGAAAACGCAAUGGUGAUGAUGAUGGCGCUCGGCGGCUCCACAAACGGCGUGCUGCACUACCUCGCCAUGGCCGCGACGGCCGGCGUCUCGCUCACCCUCGACGAUAUCCAGCGUGUGUCCAACAAGAUCCCCUUCAUCGCUGACCUCGCGCCGUCCGGCCGCUACCUGAUGGCCGAUCUCCACGACAUCGGCGGCGUGCCCAGCGUCAUGAAACUGCUUGUGGCCGCCGGCCUGCUGGACGGCAGCAUCCCAACCGUCACAGGCAAGACCCUCGCCGAGAACGUUGAAUCUUUCCCCUCGCUCCCACAGGGCCAGGAAAUCAUCCGCUCCCUCGACAACCCGAUCCGCGGCAAAGGCCACAUCGAGAUUCUACGUGGUAAUCUCGCGCCGGGCGGCGCGGUGGCCAAGAUCACAGGCAAAGAGGGCCUGCGCUUCACCGGCAAGGCCCGCGUCUUCGACAAGGAGCACCAGCUCGACCGCGCGCUGAACAAGGGUGAGAUCCCGCGCGGCGAGAACUUGGUCCUCGUUGUGCGGUAUGAGGGUCCCAAAGGCGGCCCGGGAAUGCCGGAGCAGCUAAAGGCCUCCGCGGCGCUCAUGGGGGCUAAACUCACGAAUGUGGCGCUGAUUACGGAUGGACGAUACUCGGGGGCGAGUCAUGGGUUUAUUGUCGGACAUAUUGUGCCGGAGGCUGCGGUGGGCGGGCCCAUUGCGGUGGUUAGAGAUGGAGAUGUCAUCACGAUUGAUGCGGAGACGAAUAGUUUGAGUAUGGAUGUGAGCGAGGAAGAGGUGAAGAGGAGGUUAGAGGAGUGGGUCCCGCCGAAGCCAGUUGUUACGAGGGGUGUGUUGGCGAAGUAUGCGCGGUUGGUGGGGGAUGCAAGUCAUGGUGCGCUGACGGACCUAUUCUGA